CGCUCCUCCCGUUUCAGCGCUGCUGUAGCGGAUCUGUAGUGCGAGCAGGAGGCUGGGGCUCGGUCCGGCACAAACCCUCUCUCUACCUGAAACAACCACCUUCCCCCGCGACCAACCAGCCUGCAGGAGCACCCCCAGCACACCGGGAGACAUAAAUGGUGGAGGCCGUGGUGGAGUUCGACUAUGAGGCUCAGCAGGACGAUGAGUUGAGCCUGACGGUGGGCGACAUCAUCGUGAACAUACGGCAGGACGAUGGAGGAUGGUGGGAGGGCGAGCUGGGCGGGCGCAGGGGGCUGUUCCCGGAUAACUUUGUCAGGGAGAUAAAGAAAGAAGCAAAGAGGGAUGGAGGACAGGCAAGCAUGCUCAGAUCUGACCUUUCCAAUGGAAGGGCCAGUCCUGUGUCCGACCCCAGCGUACGACCAGGGAGGAAAGGAGAACAAAUCCGGAAGCGGAGGUGUAAAGCGGCAUUCAGCUACGUGCCUCAGCAUGAAGAUGAGCUAGAGUUGAAAAUAGGAGACGUCAUUGAGAUCAUAGCAGAGGUAGAGGAGGGCUGGUGGGAGGGAUUUCUAAAUGGGAAGACUGGAAUGUUUCCUUCCAAUUUCACCAAAGAGAUCCUGACCGAGUCGGACACGCCCUCCAUAGACACGCCCACCUCACAGGAGGAGCUACGCAGCAGACACACCAGUAAAGACAGCCCAGGCAGUGAAAGUGAUGGUGGGGACAGUCGAUCAGAAACGGGGUCAGGAGAAAUCCAGCCCAAGAAGGUCCGAGGGUUUGGCUUUGGUGACAUCUUCAAAGACCAGCCCAUCAAGCUCAGACCACGCUCGAUGGAAGUGGACUCAGAGGGGGACAAGGCCAUCGAGGGGAAAGCAGCAAGCAUCGCCCCUGAAACCAUGAAGACUGAACCUGACAGCAAAGCUAAAGGGCGGGAGCAAUGUAAAGUCCUCUUUCCAUAUGAAGCACAAAAUGAAGAUGAGCUGUCAAUCAAAGAGGGGGACAUCGUCAACAUUAUCACCAAGGAGUGUGCUGAUGCCGGCUGGUGGAUGGGGGAGAUCGGUGGAAGACAGGGUGUCUUCCCAGACAACUUUGUCAAGCUGCUAGAAGUGGAGAAAGAGAGACCAAAGAAACCGCCUCCUCCCAGCGCACCUUCGGCUAAACACACCACAGAGAAAAAGUCGGAGGUCAAGAAGGUUCCUCCUGAGCGACCUGAACACCUGCCACAGAGAGACCAGGAUCGAGGUGAAGAGGUGAAGGUUGGAGACAUCCCCAAACCCUCCCUCCCAUCUAUCUUUCCCAAGAAACCCCUCCCCCCAAAGUCAAGCUCCUCCUCUUCUUCCCAACCCCCGCGGCGUCCUGAGAGACCGCCCACUCUUGCGUGUGAAAGCCCCAAGUCUGAGGGCGGGGCUUCGACACCAGAUUCUGCCCCUGACAGGUCACAUGACACUGAUGUGGAUCUGGACGCCGUCGUCUCGUCGACAGAGAAGCUGAGUCAUCCAACGGCGUCAAGGCCACGAGUCACCGACCGCCGGCCUCGCUCGCAGAUCAUCACACCAUCUUCUCUGUCCAUCACUGAUCUGGAGUCCCCUGCAGUGGAGGACAGGAAGGAGAAGGACAGAGCGAAGGAGGAGCCGGAGUCUGUCUCCAGAUCUGUAGACGCUUCCCUGCGAAAAGGAGCUCCCUCCAUCUCUGCACACGACAGUAAAGCACCACUGCCUGCAAAGCCCUCUGUCCUGACCCCGCCAAACGCUGGCCAUCGCCCCGCCUCCCCGUCUUCCUCCUCGGGUCUGACCCCGUCCCCCGAGCUGCGGCAUUCACCUCUGACCCCGCCAACACUGGAGGAACUCAGGAACCAGCUGAGAGACCUGAGGGCGUCUGUAGAACUGCUGAAGAGCCAGCACAGACAGGAGAUGAAGCAGUUGUCCAACGCACUGGAUGACGAGAAGAAGAUUCGUGUUAGUUUACAGAUGGAAGUAGAGCAUAUAAAGAAGAGCCUGUUGAAAUGAAGACUAAAUCAUCUUUGUCGCCGCACUAUGAUCACCACAUUGGAGGCCAGCUUUUGAAAACAUUCUCACUGUUGGCCGAGACACUUCAGCCAAAACUUUGUUUGUGCCAAAUGAUCAUCACGAUCAGCAACAAUACAGUACCAUGGAAUCAGCCACCCCCACCCCCCCCACCCCGACACCGCCUUAUCCUGUGUUUACUUCUUCGUUGUCCCUUUUAAAGAGGCUUCUCUGUUAAGUUUACUGCUAUCUUGUCAAAGCUUGCUGUGCCACUGGUACUGACUGACCGCGCUGUGCGUUGCCAUGGUUACAGAACAACAGGCUGCCGUGGCGACCCCACUGGUACUUUUGUUCCUGAGUGUGACGGAGACUUGGAACUCGACCUUCGUAGCCCGGUUGGUUCAGGCGACCUGUGUGCUGUUCUGUGUCCACUCUGCGGCCUUCGCCUCUUAUCUGUGUGUGAGUGUGAGUGUGUUUUCCAUCCAUGUGGGGACUGAGUGCUAGACCUUCAAAAUAGGGACAUUUUGUAAAGUGAGGUUGUUCUGGCCGGUCCUGACUUCUUCAUUGGGCUAGAUUAAGGAUAGAAUCAAAGCCUAUACUUUGAGGCACAUCAUUAGCAUUAUGGUACACUGCAGGCAGGGGAUUUUAAAGCAUCAGCCAUUAAAGCUACGGAAGGUAGCCUCAUGUGACUCCACAAAGCCCCUCCCACCAAACCCACAAGUUGAAACUGCAGCAGAAGGAGUUGGUUGCCCUGUGAAACCUCAUGAUGCAGGACUUUCUGCAGGGUGUUCUGCCUUUUGGUCAGACUUUCACUUUCACUUUCCCCACUGUUGGAACAGCACUAAGGUGAAGUGUGGAGAUGGUCUGGAUGAGCUAUGCAAGGCUUUCACCACCUAAGGGGACAUGCAUGCCUGCAUUUGUAGAACAGCCAAUAGUCACACCCUCUCUCUGUAAAGACUUGUGGCUGGCCAAAGGCUCCCAUCUCAGGCUAGAUUUUCUAAAGCCUAAAAACGGAGCAAAGAGGAGGUGCUCUUGCUAAGUUACAAUAUUUCUGAAAGACUUUUUAUUUUUGCCCAUUGACGACAAAAAUAACUUUUAACAGCACUGGUAUUUGGACAUACGUCUAUCCUUAACCCUUUUCUUUUUAGUGUCAGAAUAUUUUAAUCUGCAGUCAAAUAUUCCACCUGUUGCAAGGUUAAAAUGAGUAGCACAUCAGGACUCCCUCAUCAGUUUAAUUAAAUCUAACAUGACGAACAACACUGAAGGUGCUAUCUAAAGGAAUAGCUGGACACAUACGCUUAUUUGCUUUUCUGCCAGCAGUUGGAUGAGAACAUCAAUACCACUCUCAUGUCUGUACACUAAAUAUGAAGCUACAGCCAGCAGUAGAUUAGCUUAGCUUAUCAUAAACACUGGAAACAGGGGGGAAACAACUAGCUUGGCUCUGUCCAAAGGAAACUAGCACCUCUGAAGCUCACUAUAUUUUCUUUGUUUUAUCCAUGCAAAAAGCUGUAAAAAUGUCAGUUUGUGGUUUUACAAUGAUAACAGGAAGCCAAGAGGUAGUCUGUAAAACCACAAAUUGUCACUUUUACACUUCUGUUUUUGUACGCUAAAAUAAAAAGAGAUAUAAGAUAUCAAUUUUGGUGCUUUCCAGGUGCAGGUAGUCCGUUGCCUUUUCACAGAGCUAGGCAAACUGUUUCCUCCUGUUUCCAGUCUUUAUGUUAAGCUAAGCUAGCCGUCUUUUAUCUGUAGUGUCACACGGUCAAACAAUUCCUUUGACAAUUUUGUCUGCAAAUGAAAAGUUCAAGAGUAUUGACUUCUGGACAAAAACAUACUAUUAUCAUUUACCUUUUUUGCUUUUGCACUUUUGCUCCAUGGCUCCAGAAACCUCGCAUCACACCCCUCAAAUGUCAAAACCGAGGUCCACGUGCAUCUGAUGUUUCUGGUGCUGUUUUGGGAGCAGGUGAAGGGUAAAGUUCAGGACAGGGUUUGAGGAAUGUAGUCAGUGAAAGGACCUCACAGGUGAAGGAAGACAAAAACGUGCGUGUGCAUGUACUGUAUGUGUGGUAGCAUGCACGGCUGUUUGCCUCCCCCCUUAUAUGUGCACAGAAUCUAUGGCAACCCGUCACUGUGGCCUUCCUGUUUUUGACUCCAAAUCUUUCUUUUUUUUCUUUCUUUCUUUCAUAUGACAACGAGAAAACUGCUACAACUGAGGCUACAAGUUGUUUUCUUGACUUGGUCCUUUCUCUCCAGGAUAGUGAUAAAUAUAUAUACUUUUAUAUUUCAGUGUAAUAAAGAUGCUAUUAUGUACUGUA